AUGGCGUAUGCGUCCUUCCCAAAGGUAGCCGUUGUGUGGGCUGCCCUCUCGCUGUUUACACCAGCAGCAGCGCAUCUCUUCAAGUGCCCUAAUUACGAAACUGUCUGGAUAACCCCCGAAGGCGCACAAUACGGCAUCUGCGACAACACAGACUACAAGAACGGCGGUGGCAGCCUUGCGGUUCACAACUGCGUGCCCUCAACUCAAGAAUGCCUGAAACUCUGUAUCAAGGACUCCCGGUGCAAGAAGGCCGUCUACGACAAAAAGAACCACAUGUGCCACCUCAAAAACAAUGAUAAGACGGCCGAGAUGGACUGGGCAGACGACAACGGCUUCGACGUGAUCCACCGCGAUCAGGGCAGCGAGCUCGACGACGGCACUCCUAUCGAAACGUGCCCCAACACGGGCGCGGGCUACAGCUCAGGCAAGACAUUCUUUACCGUCUGCGUCAAUACAGAUUACACCCGACCCAACGCCCACACGUUUCGCAACACGCCCAGCCCGCAUGCCUGUGCGGACACCUGCGCCAAGACCAAGGACUGCAAGAAAGCCGUCUACGAUGUCAAGGACAAGAUCUGCUACGUCAAGCAGGCUGGAUCCGAUGUCAAGCUAGACUGGGUCAAGGACGAGCGCUUCAUCUCGAUCGAUACGAAGACUGGUGCGGCAGAUGACAACAAGAACUCCAACGGGCCCGUCGACACGAAGCCGGAAGCGCCCAAGGGAGCUGCGGCCAAGGUCGGGCAGUGGUCUGAUGUUAUCAAGUUGCCGUUGAUCCCCGUUGCCGCUUACAUCGUGCCGGCGUAUCCCGAGCCCGCGAAAAUGCUGUUCUUCUCGUCCUGGGGCAAGGAUGCCUUCGGUGGCGCUUCGGGCAAGACGCAAUUCGGUGACUAUGAGUUCGCAACAGGCGCUGUAUCGGAUCGCGAGGUCGCCAACACACAUCACGAUAUGUUUUGCCCCGGCAUCAGCCAGCUUGAAGACGGUCGCGUUAUGGUGCAAGGUGGCUCCGAUGCCGAAGCAGUCAGCAUCUACGACCCAGCCACCAAUGAGUUCACGCGCGGGCCUGAUAUGAAAGUAGCUCGCGGCUACCAAACGUCUGCCAUUAUGUCCAAUGGUCACGUUUUCACCAUCGGAGGUGCCUAUGCUGGCAGCCGAGAGGCCAAGAACGGCGAAGUCUUCAACCCCGACAACCAGGAGUGGAGAUACCUCCCCGGCGCCGAUGUGAAGCCCAUGAUGACGACCGACCACGAGGGUGUGUGGCGCGAGGACAACCAUGCCUGGCUCUUUGGGUGGAAGAACGAAUCCAUCUUCCAAGCCGGUCCUUCGCUAGACCAGCACUGGUACAGUACCGAGGGCGAGGGCUCUGUCGUCAAGGCCGGCACACGUGAUGACGAUGACGCCAUGUGCGGUGUGUGGGCUAUGUACGACGCUGUUGCUGGUAAGAUCCUGUCUGCAGGCGGCGCUCCCGAGUACACCGACAGCGAUGCCACGGCACGGGCGCACAUCACAACCAUCGGCGAGGCAUAUGCCCCUUCAAUCGUUGAGCGAGUCCCCGAUAUGUCUUCUCCGCGCGGCUUCGCCAACGCCGUUGUGCUUCCCGAUGGCAACGUCCUCGUAACGGGUGGCCAGAGACGCGCCGUUGUCUUCACCAAUACGGACGCCGUUCUGACCGCUGAGCUUUUCAACCCCACGACCAAGACCUGGACUCAGCUCGCCGCCGCUGCCGUGCCACGCAAUUACCACUCCGUGUCCAUCCUGCUCCCCGACGCCACUGUAUUCACGGGCGGCGGCGGUCUUUGCUAUGUUUCGACUAUCGGCGGCUCAACUGCCGGCUGCAACAAGGCUGCUGACCACGCCGACGGCGAAGUCUUCUCGCCGCCUUACCUCUUCAAUGACGAUGGCAGCGCGGCUGCGCGACCCGCCAUCUCAGGACUUGCGCAGGAGGCCGUCUCGGCCGGCGCGACACUUUCGUUCGACGUUGAGGGCAAUGUUGCCUCCUUCUCGCUCAUUCGCACCGGUACCGUUACCCACUCGGUCAACAGUGACCAGCGCCGGAUCCCACUCAAGAGGUUCCGGGCGCAGAAUGGCAAGUACACGGUCACGCUGCCGACUGACCGUGGCGUGCUGCUGCCAGGGUACUACUACCUAUUCGCAAUCUCUGCCAAGGGCGUGCCGAGUGUUGCGAAGAGCGUGCACGUCGUUCUGUAA